AGAAGUCUAAGAGUAUAUGCCAUGGUAGAGGGGAUAAUAAUGAAUCAUUAAGGACAUUUGAUGGUUCUGGUAGUCUGUAUCCCUACAUGGGUGGUCUUAACAACACAAUCAGUGAAUUUAGACAUAAAGAAUCAAGUGAAAUAAGUUACAAAUUCAAGAAAAAGUCUUGGUCUAAUAAGGAGCUACCUAAAAAGAAGUUAAAAGAUAGAAAGAAACGCGAGAAGAAGUCAAAGGUCACAAAACAAGACAUGGCUAUACAAACAGGGUUAGAUGAUCUUGAAGAAGAAUUAAAUAUAAGAUCCGAACGAGAAAUUGGUGUAUCUACUGAUUGUAACUUUUGUCCUGAUCAAAGUGUUACAACUUAUAAAGAUAUUCAAGUUCAAGCUGCAAUACCUCAACUUAAUAACAUUGCUUCAAGUGUACAAGCGAAUCAAACUGGGAGAAUCUCACAAAGUGAGAGUAACAUAACCAUAUUUAAAGAGAAGUUCCAAAAGAAAACAGAUUUUACGGCUUAUAAAGAAGCUAAGAGUAUUGCAAAACAGAAACAGAAACCUAUAACUAAAACUAGGUGUGACAUGACUCAUGCUCAUCAAGAUGAAAUGAUUCUAAACAGGAAUAAGCAAGAGAUUUACACAUCAGGUGGUGAAAACUUUUCGACUUCUCCUUAUGAAGUAACACAGAGAGAAUCGCCAAGGAAACAUAGACCACAUCAGAAGCAUCGGAAUUGUUCAUAUGCACGUGUUCCUACACCGCAUCCAUCUUGUCAUCCUGUGAUGUCAACAGGAUCUAUUAGAGAAGUGCAUCAUCACACUAAAAAGACAAGGUCGAAGAGUUUAAGUCAUGAAAGAGAUUCUCUAGCUGAGAAAAUCAAUAUUAAUAAGGAGACUAUCAGACAUCAUAAUAAAGAGAUUGCUGCAUUGGAGAAGUGCCUAAAUGAGAUUUUACACAGAUUGGGACAGGAUGAUUCUGUAAGUAAGGAAAUUGCAAUUAAAAAUGAAAAGAAAAUGUUAAAUGAUGAAAUAUCGAAUGAUUCUAAAAGUGAAUUAGUGUCAUAUGAUGUUUCUAAUGUUUCUAAUAACUCAAAUCCACCUAAAGUUUUAAAUAGACAACGUACCUAUAUAAAGGAUCAUAAAUCUAAAGAUACCAAACCUAAAAGAAAGAAAUCAAAAGCAUCAAAGUCCUCAUUUCAACGUAGAAAAAUAUAUUCUGAUUCCCUCAAAAAGAGACACCAAAGAUAUAAAGAGAAACCUGCGAAAACAACACGAAAACCAAAUGUUAAAAAUGCGUUAUCUCCGACAAAAGUCAGGAGUGUUUAUAAGAACCCUAAAGGUUUCAUUUCGAGUGCUACAAGUAUGAGUAGUAAACUUUCUGAUAUUGGCAGCACAAGUCCAUAUCCACAGAGUAUCCCUUCGUUAAAUAUUAACAGAAAUGAUGAAGCAUAUAAUCCAAGAGUAUAUCAUCAAAGUCAUCCACAAAAUCAACAUCAAGAUCAUCACCAUCACGGGAUUGUUAAACCAAAACACAAAUUACAAUCAAAAGUUAGUCAAGUCCAUUAUAGCAAAAAGAAAACCAAAUCCAUUUAUGAUAUGCUUCUACACUAUAUUCACUUAACCAAAGAUGUUAAAGAUGAUAAAGCUAAGAAUGACUUAAGUCAAGAUAAAUCUAUAUCUGAAUUGAGUUCUGAAGAAUCUAAAAUAGUGAUUUUAUCUGUUUCUUCUUUAAAACUUCGAAAUAAUCCUGAGAAACAUAAUGAACAUAAUAAGAAUCAAAAGAGUUUUAAAAAGCAUAGGAAGAGAGUUGUUGAAGAAGUAUCAGAUUCUGAAAGUCCAGGACCCAGUAAUAAACCAUUCUUCAUAGCGAACAAUAACAAAACUAAAGUACAAACUCCAAAGAAGAUUGUUCCCAAGUUAACAAUUACAAGUGAAGAUAGUUUAGAAUAUGACACGUCACGUGCACCUGAUUUAUGUCCGUUGACGGCCAUCUUUAAUUUUGAACCUCCUAAAAGAAAUUACUUGGUGUAUAACACCGAAGUUAUCACUCACAAUAAACCUAAAAUUGAAAUUAAAGCAUCACCACAACCUUCUACGUCUACAUCCGAGAAUACAAAAGUUGAAGAAUCUGAAAAACCUAAAACUUCAACGAGUGCUAAACUAAUGACCAUUCAAGAAGAAAAAAUUGCUUCUCCGAAACGUAGAAGAUCUACUAUUAGCAGAACAUCUUUAACUAAAGUAUCUGAAGAAAGAGAAAAACCAGAAAUUGGUGUUGCUGACCUGAGUCCUGUACUUGUACGAAGAGGAACUGCAUAUCCGUCAUAUGGAGAUGUAAUGAAAAGUUUAGAAAACAUGACUUUACCUGAUAACAAACCUCAACCUAAGUUGACUUCAUUCAAUUGCAAUGAUAGGGAAUGCAGUAAUUUGAUAUUUAACUACACCUCAAAGAAGGAUCCUAAAGAUUUUAGACAAAUGGAUAAACAAAGUUCCAAAGAUAGUAAUUCUAGAGGAGCUUCCUUUAGUUGUGAACGCCAUGAAUCAAGCGCAUAUCAUACUUUGACAACCCUCAUGGAUUCUAAGUCAGAACGAAGUUUUCCUACACCUUCUGAGAGUGACGUCGCAAUCAAAAAUGAAAGUGGUUAUGAAAGCUCAAAGAAAUCCAACACUUUCAAAAACUUUUUCAAGAAAAAGACUUUGUUUGAAGUGUUUAAGAAUAAGAUCAAAGCAAAGAAGUAUUUUGAUACAGAUACAAGUGUUUCAGAAAGUUUGGCCGGAAUUGAUACAAGAUCCCCUGCUUGUAUCAUAUCUGAAGAAUCUAUAGCAAGAUCAGAAAACUUUUCUAACAGAGGUGUAAAAGAAGAGUUGUAUCCUGAUGAGGAAUUUGACCAGGAAGAAAAGUCCCCGUACUCUCAGAGCAAAACUGUUCUCUGGUUCAACUUUAGAAAGAAAAAACGUGAGGCAGGACAACCUUGUGAUCCCUGGUGUAUCAAUAAACAAAAUGCAUCUGAUCAAACAGAAGUACCACUAGCGUGUCACAAAACCUGUCAACAAUCAUUCAAGUGUAUGCCUGCGGGUCCAAAGAAUAAAGAUGAAUGCCCGUGUAUGCAACCUUAUGAACAACAGAGGGAACAAUGCAAAAAGUACGCUAGUAAAGUCCUCAUGGAAGCUGCCAAACGACAGAAAGGUUACCGCAAGCAAUAUGAGGAUUUCAAAGAGAUGCCUUUAGAUGUCCUAAUGGGCAAUAAAAAGUGUGCGUGCAAACCAUUAGUUCAGGGUUGUCCUAAAUCCUACGCGAAUAAAGUAGCUGCCAUGCAAGCAAAGAGUUCACAAAGAGAUAAACCAAUUCAAGUCACCAAAUCACCACGUAAGAAAACCCCGCCUGUGAUAACUGCUCCUGGUUCUCCAAAAGGAAAACCCGACAAAAGUGAAUCAGAUGUGAUUUUGCCCAGAAAAAGUGCAGGCGUUAUACGCAUAUCAUCCAAUGGGAGUGUGGAGACUGUCGAACUGGAAACAAGUGUAGAAACCCAUAGUGAGGACCAAACAGUGCGUUCAUCAGAGGAAGUAAGUUCCAAAAUAAGGUCCUAUACAGACCAUGAGAUUUUCGAUCGAUUGUUGAGUCAAUAUGAGCGAAAAGACGCCAUCGCGGGCCGUCUCUCCCAUGACGAGCUCUUUCACCAGGACCAGAUGCUGGCAGCUAACUCGGGUGUGGUUCCUGACCUCCAGGUACAGCCGCGCCCGGAACGCAGUGAAGAGGAACGAAUGCGUGGUCCGAGGUUCAGCGACCGACCUAAACCACUAGUUCACAUCACCACCGACACCACCGUACGACCAGACGAUAUUGGUACAUGCUUCGCGCGCGGGUUCCGCCCCGAUAACCUCAUGCUCUCUGGAGAUGCUUGUUUCCACAUCAACAAACAGGACAAGAUUAAGAUGUCUCCGUAUAUGCUGAAAAACACUGAAAGUAUCAUAGACUUUUCAGAACGGGAGACACCUUUGGAUUUUCUAUUAGCCCUGGGCUUCAUGGUGGAUGAAGCUAGUAAUGCGUUGAAGGACGACGAUAUUCGGAGUCGUUUGUUAGCUGCCAUUACUGAGGCCAGGGUAUGGAUCAAUAAGAUCACCACCACUCAAGGUACACUGCUGUAUUUGGUCGCUUAUAAAUCGCGCCCGGAGACAAUGCGAUACUUUCUGCAGUUGGUUGAAGCGAUUAUUAACAAACGAAUCAACAAUGCGAUUCGUCUUGAUGGGUUUCUCCGGGUGUUGGAAGAUGUGGAAGCUGGGCGUGUACAGAUGAUCAAUAUUCUCGGAGAGGAUAAGUUUGAAGAUGAAGAAAACGAAGAAAAGAUUGUCAAGAAGCAAUUGAAGACUCUCUUCGUCAAUGUGUACACAGUUGCUGAAAAGGAAGCGUCCGUUAGUGGUCGUACCUUAUCAUCCAACCAAGUGAGUCUGCUUCGUAUCCUUGUUGCGAAAUAUCGCGCUGGUUUACAUCCGCAUUUGGAGCUUAUCGCUCGUUACAUUGGCCAAGGUCUGCUUGAAAAUGAAAUACAACUCGAAGCCGCCAUGAUCUUCCUUUCACGUCUCGAUACAUCCGAAGUGAAACUGAAGGAAUUCGAAAACUAUUGUGGCAUCACGUGUCAAUUGCAGGACACUUAACAGUAUUACUACCCCCUUUCAUUAAAAUGUUUUUCAUUGUU